AUGGCUAAAAAACAUGUAACUGAAGAACAAACUUUACAAACAGCAACUAAAGCAGUUAUUACUAUUGCUUAUGAUUUUGCCUUAAAACAAAAACCUAACUUAAUGCCUACUAAUCAACCCGAAGUUAAUGUGGAAAAAUCUACUAUUAAAGAGUGUGAAAUAAUGUUUGUAUUUGAUUUACCAGCAGAAAUUACUAUUGGUAAAUAUCGUGGUAUUGAUAUAGUAAAACCUGUAGCAACUGUUAAUCAAGAAGAAAUUGAUACUCAAAUUAAACUAUUACAAGAUAGUUUUGCUAUUUUUAAUCCAAAAGAAAAAGGAAAAUUAGAAAAAGAUGAUACUGCAGUUUUUAAUUUCACUGGUUUUUUAGACGGUAAAAAAUUCCCUGGCGGUGAAGCUAAAAACAUGGAAUUAGAAAUUGGUUCUGGUAAAUUUAUUCCUGGUUUUGAAGAAGGAAUGAUCGGUAUGGAACCUAAAUCUAAAAAAACUAUUGAAGUAACUUUCCCAGAAGAUUAUCAUGUUCCAAAUUUAAAAGGUCAAUUAGUACAAUUUGAAAUUGAAUUAAACGAAAUAAAAACAAAAGUUAUUAAUGAAGAUUUAGAAGAAUUAGUAAAAGAUGUUAACAUUCCAGAUGUUACUACUACUGAACAAUUAUUAGAAAAUAUUAAAAAACAAAUUGAAGUACAAAAAACAAUGACAAUUAAGGAACAAUUUAUGGAAGAACUUAUUGCUAAAAUUGUUAAAGAUUCAAAAAUAAUAAUUCCAAGUUUUGCUGUUAAAAAUGAAACUGAACUACUAGUAACAAGAGGAAGUUUUGUUUUCCCAACAGUUGAAAUAGAACUAGAAGUUGGCAGACAUAAAUCAGUAGCGGCAAUUAAUGAAUCGGUAGCUAAGUUUAAUUCAGAAAUUAUUUUAGUUUCGCAAAAGGAUCCGAAAGUAGAUAAUCCGCAAUUAAGUGAAGUCUACAAUCAUGGAGAUGCUGAAACUUUAGUUAGUCCUAAUGUUUCAAAAUCAUUAGAAGAAGAGUUGAUUCAAAGAAUUGUAAAUAAUUUACAACAGAUUUUAGAUGUUCAUGGUUCAAUUCCACAAGGUGUAAUUAGUCAAAUCACCGAUGGAAUGAAAGCUAAUUUAUUAUUGAAAGAUGUUGGUGGUCAAAAACAAGUUGGUGCCAUUGAAAAGGAUUUAACAGCUAAAAUUAAAGAUCGUAUUGAUGAACAACAACGUGAAUAUUAUUUACGAGAAAGAUUGCGUGCUAUUAAAGAAGAAUUAGGCGAAAUUGAUGGUAAGUCUAAUGAAAUGAAACGUUAUUUAGAACGCUUAGAAACAGAAGAGUUUCCUGAAGCAAUCAAAACGCGUGUUAAAGAAGAAAUUAGUCGUUAUGAAGAUAUGCCGCAAGCUUCAAGUGAAUCAAAUAUAAUUCGUACAUACAUUGAUUGA